AUGGCAGAACUACAGCAAGAAGGGCUCCAUAACAUAAGCGCCGCCCAGGGGGCACACACUGCCACAUACUUCACCGACGGAUCCACUGAUCCGGUGACAGGGCGGUCUGGGGCGGCGUAUGUAUGCAAGACCGACAAUGGGCGCGCGGCAGUCUCCGCCAUCACCACCACCGCCUCUGCUCGAACAACUGACUUCUCCUCCACACAAACUGAAUUAGCUGCGAUAGUAAUGGCACUUGAACACGCCUACACCUACCACUGCCGGAAUGUACUUAUUGCCACUGACUCCAUGACUGCCAUUGCAGCAAUCAACAAGCAGGAUGGAGAAAACAUCACUCAAACCCGAGCCAUCUGGAAAACAGCAAGAGCCAUCCACAAUGCGGGCAGAAGUGUCACUCUUACGUGGAUACCAUCCCACGUGGGAAUCUCAGGAAAUGAAGAAGCGGACGCCCUCGCCAAACGGGCAGCCAGUGACGCAACGGUGGCCACAGUCAUCCCCAGGACGUUGAAUCAGCUGAGAGGAGCAGUGAAAGCCCACGCAGAGAGGCAGCGACAGCAGGAACAACACGAUCAGGGGAGCGAGAGCGUCAGAUGGUUCCGCCAGGUUGCCGCAGGCUGCCCGCCCCCAGCCCGACACUUCCCGAGCCGCCUGUGUGAGGUGGUGACAUGCAGGAUACGUCUCGGGUACCCUUACCCGUGGCAACUCGGCUUCGCGACAUCGGAGGAGGAGACACGAUGCCGACUGUGCGGUGCGCCGGAGGGACACAGUCUUGAACACUACAUGAGGGACUGUGCUCGUCCCUCACACCUCAGAAAACAGUGCCCCACACCUUCACCUACACUACCCGAACUGGCAAAACACUUUAUUGCGAUUCUGCCACAAACAUUAAGGGAAUACCCGAAAUUUUGUGCAAUCAAAUGA